AGAAAAGGACCGCCUCGUCGAGUUUCUCUUUUCAAGAAAAAAAGGGUCGAAAUUAGAAAAAGUCGAAUUAAAGUGGAGUUAAAUGACGUCCGCGUCUCGAAAGUUCGCGGCUAGGCUUCCGAAGACGCCCGCGGGGUUUUGAAGUAUGUUUUCGCGGAUUUGUGCGUUUUUUCGAAGGGGUUUUAAACUUGUCUGACAGCGGAGAGAGCCCAGCGAAAAAUUCGGAGCUGCUUCUGCGAGACGCGACGGAGUCUUUUUUCACGGAGAAGGCGAAGGAAUCGGGGGACGAGGCAUUCCCGAAGCCGUCAAACUCAAGGAAUGGCUGGCGGGACUCUGGCGUCUGCGGCGUGGGAGCAGCGGGCCCGGAGCGGCGGGGCCGACAGCUGAAGCAGGGCCAGGCCAUGCAGCAGGGGCGGCGCCGGCCGACCCACUGAACCACACGACAUGGGCGUCAGCGCCUCCAGCUACCCCAACUCCUGCUCCCCUCGCUUUGGGGGGAGCUCGCCGGCUCAGCACACCCUCAUAGGGACCACCUCCUACGCCCAGCAAGGCUAUGGCUGCGAGUCCAAGCUCUACAGCCUGGAGCAGGGCCCGGAGAAGCCCCAGGACAAGAAGAAGAAGAGCUCGGGCCUGGCCACGCUCAAGAGGAAAUUCAUCAAGCGCCGCAAGUCCAGCCGCUCGGCCGACCACGCCCGGCAGAUGCGGGAGCUGCUGUCGGGCUGGGACGUGCGCGACGUCAACGCGCUGGUGGAGGAGUACGAGGGCACGGCCGCCCUCAAGGAGCUGAGCCUGCAGGCGGGCCUGGCGCGGCCCGAGGCCCGGACGCUGCGGCGCGACCUGGCGGCGCUGUACGAGCAGCGGCUCUGUGCCGACGCCCAGCUGCUCUUCCAGGGCGCCCGCUUCCCGGUGCACCGCGCCGUGCUGGCCGCCCGCUGCCCGCUCUUCAAGAAGCUGCUGCCGCCCGCCGAGCGCGGCGCCGACAUCCUGAUGGACGGCGGCGUGGCGGGCGUGGACGCGCCCAUGUUCGACGCGCUGCUGCGCUACCUGUACACGGGCGAGCUGGGCGCGGCCGGCGAACGCGCCGACGUCCUGGCGCGGCUGGGCGAGGAGUUCGGCACGCCCAGCCCCCUGGAGGCGGAUAUGCGCACCCUCUGCGAGCACACCUGCUACUACGACUCGCUGCUCAGCUUCUCGUCCGACGCCGAGCUGGCGGAAGGGGGCGGGGCGGGGGGAGGGUGCGCGGGCGGGGCCUCCGGCCAGGCCCCGCCCCCGGCCGAGGAGGAGCUGCGGGCGCACAAGGCCCUGCUGUCGGCGCGAUCGCCCUUCUUCCGGAACCUACUGCAGCGGCGGAUCCGCGCGGGCGAGGAGCCCGCCGACCGCGUCCCGCACGCGCCCACCCGCAUCGUGCUGGACGAGUCCAUCAUCCCCAAGAAGUACGCCCGCGUCAUCCUGCACUGCAUGUACACGGACGCCGUCGACCUCUCCCUCGUGCUGCGCAGCAGCGCCUCCACUGGCAGCCUGGGGGAAGUGCAGGCCCUGGUGGCCGGGAAGGGGAGCAUGACCCGCACCGAGGAGGCCAUGGAGCUCUACCACAUCGCCCUCUUCCUGGAGUUCAGCAUGCUGGCCCAAGGGUGCGAGGACAUCGUGGCGGAGAGCGUCUCGCUGGAGUCGGUGGUGCCCAUCCUGCGCUGGAGCUCGCAGCCCUACGGCUCCAAGUGGGUCCACCGGCAGGCCGUGCACUUCCUGUGCGAGGAGUUCAGCCACAUCAUGACCUCCGACGUGCUGUACGAGCUGAGCAAGGAGCACCUGCUGACCGCCAUCCAGUCCGACUACCUGCAGGCCAGUGAGCAGGACAUUCUCAAGUACGUGGUCAAGUGGGGAGAGCAGCAGCUGAUUAAGAGAAUGGCAGACCGAGAGCCGAACCUGCUGAGCGGCACGGCGCACAGCGUGAACAAACGCGGGGUGAAGAGGCGGGACCUGGACAUGGAGGAGCUGAAGGAGAUCCUGUCCCCCCUGCUGCCCUGUGUCCGCAUCGAGCACAUCCUGCCCGCCCACAGCGAGGUCCUCUCUGACGCGAUGAAGAGGGGCCUGAUCAGCACCCCGCCCUUGGACAUGCUGCCCACGGCCGAGGGGGGCAAGGCCAACGCCUGGCUGCGGCUCAAGAGCGCGGGAAUCUACGUGAGACCCCGCCUCUUCUCUCCCUAUGUGGAGGAGGCCAAGGCCGUGCUGGACGAGAUGAUGGUGGAGCAGACGGAGCUGGUGCGACUGCGCAUGGUGCGCAUGUCCAACGUGCCCGACACCCUCUACAUGGUCACCAACGCCGUGCCCCAGUGCUGUCACAUGAUCAACCACCAGCAAAUGGCGGGCGGGCAGGCCGCCCCGCCCUCCGUGGUGGCCAAUGAGAUACCAGUGCCCAGGCUGCCGGUGGUGAAGGAGAUGACUCGCAGGCUGCAGGCCCUGAGGCACACGGAGCAGGUCCAGCGGGCGUACGCCCUCAACUGCGGCGAGGGCGCCACGGUCAGCCACGAGCUGCAGGUCCGCGUGCUGCGGGAGUUCGGCCUGCCAGACGGAGCCGCCGAGCUGCUGCAGAACCCACACAAGUUUUUCCCAGAGGAGCGAUUCGGAGAUGAGAGUCCGGUGCUGGCGCUCCGCCAGGCGGGCUGGUGCCGGGUCGACAGCGCACCGCCGGCGGCGGAGGGGGCGGCCAGCUUCCACCCACCCCUGCCCCCUCCCCCUCCCCCCUACCACCCCCCCUCCACGCCCGGCCACGCCCACACCAAGGCUGGCUGGAGGCCCAGAGCCCCUCCCCCGCCUCCAUCCCGCUCCGUCUCCUACCCCUGCAACCAAUCCCUGCUCCCCUGGCGGCCCUCGCCCAAGCAGGACGGCCCCACCUACCCGCCCGGGGUGAAGACGCUGCCGCCCGACUGCACCAACCCCCAGGGCGUGGCCCAUGCCGCAUACCCCGGCCCGCAGGGGGUCCAGCAGAGCGUGGAGCCAGCCAUGAGAGAGCUCAUGCCAGACAUCGCCGUGGGCGUGUCAGCCAUGAGCCUGAGGGAGCGCCGAGCGCCCCAGGUCGCCCUGGACGCUGAGGGUCGCGACCCCAUCUCCCACGCGUCCCCCGCCGCGCCCCCCGUGGCCCACUACACCCCCGGACCCUGCCCCGCCGGCCGGCACAACCACGCCCCCCGCAAGAGGCACGCCACCGAUCCCGAGACGAGGCCGGACUUCCCCGACCUGUACGACUUCCCCGUUGCCCCGGUGCCCAGCCACCACGCCCCGCCCCAAAUCCAGCCGCCCCACAUGGGGCCGGACCUCCACAACCACGGCCGAACCCACCCCCGCCCCCCGCCGGGCAGGCCCCUGGACCUGGCUCCGGCAGAGCCCCCGCCCGCAGGCGGGCUCGCCGCCAGGGGGCGCUCCAAAGCGGAGACGGACCUCACGUGCGGCCUGGGCCCACCGCGUCCCCCCAGCGCGACCGCAGAGCCGCAGGAGGAGCGGGCCCCGGGGCGCAGAGUGGCUGCCGACGGGACGGGGGGCCCCGGGGAACCCCACAGAAGCACCGCCACAGAGGAGAUUGCAGCCAGCAGAGACCGCAGGUCCCCAAACAAGCCAGAAUACCUGUACAGGAAAUCUGCACUUUAACCCCAGAGAGAAGCUAAAGGGAAGCUGGAGGACUCUGACCCGUCGCCCUGUGGACAAUGGAGGGGCUGAGUGGAUGAAGGACAGUCCUGCCGAUCACGCCCACAUAGUCGGGUCAUAAGCUCCUGUGCCAGCACAGUGUUCCUCAGUAGCUCAACGCUCCUGGAGCACAGCAGCAAGGUGGUGACACAGGGUUGGUUUGGUUGAGAGUUGGUGAAACAGAAGCCCCCUCAGUACAGAGGUUAUGGUGUCAGCCACCCUCCUGUUUGACUGAUUGACACUCUUACCAAAAUGAGGCCCUAGCUACAGGAUGUUAUUGCCCAGAAUGCUCUCUGAGUUCCUGCAGCAACUGCCUUUGCUAAUCAAGGUACAGGCUGCUAGCCUGGGUCCCUGCAUUUCAGGUGAAGCACCACACCUGUGAUUUAACAGUACUGCCAAACCAACAGGGCGCACCAAGCCAGCUGGUGCUGGGAUGGGUGGACAUAGUGUGUUUUUUGGCUGUCUGAUUUACCGUAGAACAAUAUCAUGUAGGCUAGCAGCUGUAAGUUCUGGAUUUGAACUAGAUUAUUUUCCCACAUCAUUUCCUUUAUUUCUGUUUCUCGUUACUGUGUGAGGGCAGUACAGCCAUUACUGGGAUUAUGCAUAUUUACACUGUGGGAAAUAGACUGGGUUUGCAGCUUGCACACAUCCCACAUCAGUCAGGCCCCCAAGAACCCAUGAAAUGGCUUCCCUCUGAGGAUGGCCUUUAUAACGAUACAACCAUUGUGUUAAAGAGAGCCCAUAUGCUGCAUAAAUAAUGCAGUGUGAUCAGUGGCAGCGUGUGUCAUCUCCUGUGUCACUUCAGGCCAACCCUGUGCCGCUCUGCUGGGUUCCGCUGUCCCCCAGGGACGGGUGUAGCUGCUGUGGAGCCCAGACCUGCAGCCGAUCAAAGCUGGAUCAAAUCUGUUAUUGUUCACACUAACGGAGCUUGGCAAACUCCUUAUGUUUCUACCAGCGGCCCACUCAGAACAGGAGUGAUGUGUAAAUCUGAGCCGUGGCUUCUGAGUGCUGCCCCCC